CUUCGAUCGACACGCCACGAAACAGAGACAAAUGAAUCGAUGAAAAUGUCUUCCUUUGACCUAUUCUGUGGUGGUUCACCAAUUUGGAACACGACUUUGCUGCUAGAAAAUACUUUUCCAGAGUUUAGCGAUUGUUUUCAGACAGUAGUAUUGGAUCUGAUUCCGUGCGCUUUUCUGUGGUUAACAUUACCAGUAUUUAUUAUAUAUCUACGUACUAUACCAAAACCAGCACCUAUACCACUUGGUAAACUCAGCACAACGAAAACGGUGUUAUGUAUUCUUCUGUCAGUUUUAACACUGGCCCAUCUAAUAGCGCGUCUACACAACGACGUCACCUCAAACUCGUUCAUCGUCUCAGUUUCUGUCAGAUGUCUCACUUUUCUGCUGAUGGCCUUUUUAUGUCAACUAUCACGCAUAUAUGGACUACCAUCACCUUGUCUGCCUUAUAUCUUCUGGAUUUUAAUUAUUGUUACAAACCUGAUACCAUUUUACACCCUCAUUAUAAAACAGGUUUUCCAUGACCAUUUAUUUCAGUUUGUAUUAUUUUAUAUUUAUUUUGCCGUAAUUGCGAUUCAACUUGUUAUGUUUAGUUUUUCUGAAGUUACGCCACCAAAACAUGUUAAAAAACAGGAAUUCUGUCCUUUCCAGUAUGCUUCUUUUCCAUCGAAAAUCUUUUUCUAUUGGACCAACAGUUUAGUUUUAACUGGUUAUAAGAAAGUUAUAACAGAAGAAGAUGUGUUUGAUGUACCCGAUAAAUAUAAAAGUGAACAAGUAUCACCAACGUUUCUUACUGAAUGGGAUAGAAAACUUUCUAAAGAAAGAUACAAGAUAAGUAAAGAAACCAUUAAGAUGGUUUAUGGAAAUAAUAGAUAUGAUGGAAAUGGAGAGGUGAAGAAUGGAGGAGAUAUACCAUUAUUACAACCAGGAGAACUACCUCAAAGAACAAUAGCCAGACCUACUAUAGCAUUACUUAAAGUAUUAGUUAAAACAUACUGGACUAUUUUAGCUAGGGGUAAUCUGUUAAGAGGGUGUUCAGAAUUAAUGAAUUUUAUAAACCCCUUUUUACUUAGAACGAUGAUUAAUUAUAUCGAGCAUCGGGAUAAAGAAGCUAAAUGGAAAGGGUUUGUUUUAGUAGCCGGAUUUUCCAUGGUGUCCUUUACUCAAUCAGCAAUAUUUAACCAAACUUUCUUCCUUAUGCAAAACCUAGCUAUGAAUAUAAAAACAGCUCUAGUGGCAGCUGUUUAUAGAAAGUCUUUAACCAUGAACAAUAACUGUAGAAAACAAUAUACAGUUGGUGCCAUUGUUAACUUGAUGUCUGUAGAUUGUCAAAAGGUAACAGACGUUGUUAUCACACUAUAUAUGGUAUGGUCAGCUCCCUUAAUGGUUGGACUGUCGCUUCAUUUCCUCUACCACACAAUUGGCAUCAGUUUUGUAGCGGGUCUGUGUGUUAUCAUCGCCAUUAUACCAAUUAAUCUUAUAAUAUCAACCAUAGUUAAACGGAUUCAUACCCAAUUACUGACUGUUCAGGACAAUCGACUAAAAAUCAUUAACGAAGUUCUAAAUGGAAUAAAGGUGUUAAAGUUAUAUGCUUGGGAAACCUCGUUUGAAAAGAAGAUACUGGAUAUACGACAAAAAGAACUCAAAAUACUCAAAAAAGAAGCCAUAUUACAUGCGUCGAGUGCCUUUUGUAUGAUUAGUGCUCCAGCAUUGGUGGCUUUAGCUAGUUUUACUAUGUAUAUUAUGAUGUCAGAAAAUAAACAGCUUGAUGCACAGACAGCCUUUGUUGCACUCAAUUUAUUUAAUAUUUUGAAAAAUCCAAUGCAUCAGCUUCCUCAGUGUCUGUCAUCACUCAUUCAAGCACAGGUUUCUCUUGUAAGACUGGGUAGAUAUUUAUCAGGUGGAGAUUUAGCUGCAGAUAAUGUGUCCCAUUUUACGAAACCAGGAAAUGCAAUAGAGAUACAAGACGGGACUUUUAGCUGGGACGCAAGUCUGCCACCUACACUAAAAAGUAUUAAUAUGGAGAUAAAAGAAGGAGAAUUAGUAGCAGUAGUUGGUCCAGUAGGGGCUGGUAAAUCGUCAUUACUAUCAGCAUUAUUAGGCGAGAUGGAUAAAUUAAAAGGAGCUGUUAACAUUAAGGGUACUUUAGCCUAUGUUCCUCAACAGGCCUGGAUUCAAAAUCUGACUCUAAAAAACAAUAUAUUAUUUGGACAAGAUGUUACUGACAACUAUAACCAAGUAUUAAAAGAUUGUGCUUUAGAAACAGAUUUGGCUGUUUUACCCGGUGGUGAUUCGACAGAAAUAGGAGAAAGGGGUAUAAACCUGAGUGGUGGCCAGAAACAAAGAGUUAGCUUAGCACGAGCUGUUUGUAGUAAUAAAGAUAUUUAUUUGAUGGAUGAUCCAUUGAGCGCGGUUGAUGCACAUGUUGGUAAACAUAUCUUCAGGAAUGUUAUUGGCAAACAAGGCUCUUUGAAAAAUAAGACCAGGAUUCUUGUUACACAUGGUAUACAUUGGUUACCCAUGGUGGAUAGAAUUAUAGUUAUGGACAAAGGAACUAUAACAGAGGUUGGGAAUUAUGACGACCUUUUAGGCAAUGACGAAUCGUUUGCUCAAUUUCUAAAAAUGUACAUGUCGCAUCAGAAUGAAAAAGAAGAAAGCCUGUCUGAUGGAGUCAGUAGAUCUAGAUUAAAUAUAGAACGCUUAGAUUCCGUCAUAUCAGAUGUUGCAUCAUUUAGUGAAGAUGGUGAUUCGGUCAUUAGAUCUCACAGUAUAGGUAAUAUAGAUGAUCUAGAAGUUUUAUCACAAGAUGGAGAAGACGGUAAUGUCAUUGAUGUUACGACAAACUUAAUUGAAGAAGAAUGGAUAGAAAAGGGAAAGAUUAGUUUUAGUGUUUUACGAAGGUAUGUUAGUCAUAUGGGAUGUAUUGUUACUGGAUUUAUUAUGAUGAUGUUUCUACUGUAUCAAGUUGCUGCUGUCUGUAGUAAUAUCUGGUUAAGUGUGUGGAUUGAUGAUACAUCUAAUCUAAAUAUAACACAAGAUGGCCUUACAAAUAUAACACAAGAUGGCCUUACAAAUAUAACACAAUAUGGCCUCACAAAUAUAACACAAGAUGGACUCAUGAAUAUAACACAAGAUGGACUGACUAACAAAUAUGAAGUAAAUGUACCGUCAUCAACAACUACCUACUACCUGGGAAUUUAUGCAUUUCUUUCUCUUUCACAAGCUGUUUUAGUGUUAAUGUACAUGAUAACACUAUAUACCAGUAUGGUUCGUGCUGCAAAAAUAAUGUUUUCUUGCCUUUUAAAUAAUAUUCUACAUCAACCAAUGAGUUUCUUUGACACAACACCAUCUGGACGAAUCAUGAACAGGUUUACAAGAGAUGUUAAUAUAUUAGAUACGGGUUUAAACUAUUUUACUCGCCAGUUUUUGAAUACCUUAUUUGUUGUUAUUGGUAUAGUUGUUGUGAUAUCGUAUAGUGCCCCUGUAUUUAUAGCUGCUGUGAUUCCUAUAUUCACCAUCUACUAUUUUAUCCAGAAAUUUUACGUGCCAACAUCACGUCAACUGAGGCGUAAUGAGUCGAUUGCUCGAUCGCCUAUAUACUCCCAUUUCGCAGAAACUAUCACAGGGGCUAGUUCGAUACGAGCGUAUUCAGAUGUAGAAAGAUUCCGUGAUGAUGCACAAAAAAGGAUGAAUAAAAAUAAUGUCUUUCAUUUUGCCGCUAUAGCCAUCAGUAGAUGGUGUAGAAUGAGAUUAGAGAUAUUGGGAAAUAUCACAGUUUCAAUAGCAUCUUUAUUAGCCGUAUUGAUGCCACAUAUGACAGGGAGUGCCGUUGGUCUUUCAAUCAUUUAUGCCAUACAGGUAACACAAUCGUUAAAUAUAUUUGUACAAGUAUCAACCCAGUUAGAGGUGAAUAUUGUGUCCGUAGAGAGAAUAUUAGAAUAUACAGAUAUACCACAAGAAGCGGAUUGGUUUAUAAAAGAAAGUAAACCUCCAGAUGAAUGGCCAGAUUCUGGCGAAAUCCAACUUGAUAACUUACAAACAAGAUAUCGUUCUGACUUACCGCUAGUAUUGAAGGGUAUUUCCUGUAGUGUGAGAGGUGGUGAAAAGGUGGGAAUAGUAGGCCGUACAGGAGCAGGCAAGUCAUCACUAUCUAUGGUGUUGUUUCGUAUUAUAGAAUCAACAGGUGGUGUAAUUAAAGUUGAUGACAUAGAUAUAGCUACAUUAGGGUUACAUGAUUUAAGAUCUAAUAUAACUAUAUUGCCACAAGAUCCUGUCUUGUUUACGGGUGCUUUACGUAUAAAUUUAGAUCCAUUUAAUGAAUUUAGUGAUGAGGAUCUGUGGACAGCAUUGGAACAUGCCCAUUUAAAACACUUUAUAUCCACACUACCAUCAGGUUUAGAUUAUGAAUGUGAUGAAGGUGGUGGAAAUUUAAGUAUUGGGCAGCGUCAGCUAUUAUGUCUAGCUAGAAGUUUAUUAAGGAAAACAAAAGUAUUAAUAUUAGAUGAAGCUACAGCUGCUGUUGAUUUGAAAACUGAUGAUUUAAUACAGAAAACAAUACGAUCAGAGUUUAAAGAUAGUACUGUGUUGUCUAUAGCCCAUCGUUUAAAUACUAUUAUGGAUUAUGAUCGUGUAAUGGUACUAGAUGAUGGUGAAAUUGUCGAGUUUGAUACACCAACAAAUUUAUUGCAAGAUAAACUUAGUGUAUUUUAUGGUAUGGCUAAAGAUGCCAACAUCACCCAAUGAAAUUUGCUUUAACUAGGCGACUAAAUUAAUAUAAUUAAUGUGUACUGUGUCUACUUGGUUAUUUUUAGAAGUUUUCCUGGAUUGUUAAAUAUUUGUUUAUUACAGUCAAUGUCGGCGUAUGUCGAUCGUCACUUCAGUAAUAGUAUAAUUGGCAGAGUUUGUUGGGUUUGUUUUUUUUUAAAAAGAUGCAAUUUGUAUUGCGAUUUGUAAUCCACGUGGUGGAGACAGCAAUAAUAGUAUGACUUUAGUUUAUUUGUAGACGUAUCGGCAUUACAUUAACUAUAUAACUUGCAUUUAAAUUGUAGCCAAAGAAUUAAUCAAAGUGGGUGAUGAUUGGACUGCUUGUAUAUGCAGCUCUCGGUAACAAUGACUGGCUUCGGUCCUUUAUUUGCAUCAUUUAUGUUAAAAUUCUAUUUGGAAUGUGUUUAACCAUAGACCGUAUAUAAAAUAUGUAAAAUUGGUGGACACGAACAAUGGUGUCAUUCUUAUUGUAAAUAAAAAUAUGUUUUAAAUAUA